AUGGCGACACCCAAGAAAGGUUACGGCCGAUAUCGGUCUUGGAGUCCAGUUAGAGAUGAAGAAUCAACAACUAAUACUAAUUUAAUUGAAGCUUCGACUUCAGAUCCACAAGUUGUAAAGAAAAAGCCAUGUAUAACUUUUACACCGUUCUUUUUGUUAAUACUUGUUAUAAGUGUUAUGUUUUUGUUGGGAGUUUUACUGGGAUAUUAUGUUCGAGAAAGUCAAAUUUAUGACAACGAAAGUAUUUUGAACGAUUACAAUAAGUGCUUAGUUUCUAAUAAAAAUACAGAUGAAAAGGAAAAGUUGGAGUCCAUCCAUGAAGAUGUCAUGUACUUUUUAACUGGUGACAGAAUUUCAAAGUUUGUAAAAGAUUUUGGAACUACAGAUCCACAAGAUGGCAGUGUUUUAGAGAAAAAGUUAGAAACUACAGUUUUAAAAGAAUUUGAGAAAUAUCAUUUAGACAAUAUUAAGAUUGAUAAACAUAAAAUAUCAGUCACUUAUCCCCAUUCAACUAAACCCAACACUUUACAAAUCUAUCAGAAUAAUCAGAGAUAUAAAAAAUUUACACUGAAAAAUAGUCCAGUUGGUAGAGAAGAUAAUACAGUCGGUGAUGCCAAGUUUCCUUAUGUUGCAUUUACACACAGUGGGAAAGCAAAGGGUAAAUUGGUAUUUGGUCAGUUUGGAAGAAUAUCUGAUUUUCUACUAUUACAACAUCAAGUAGAAUUAAACAAUACUAUUUUAUUAUUACAAAUAGGACAAAUAUCAAUUAGACAAAAGAUUAUUACAGCAGUAGAAUAUGGAGUUAAAGGAAUAUUAUUAUACUGGGAUAAAGACAGUAAAGAUUCUACAGCAACUGAGUCAUCUGUGAUACCAUUUACUUCUGCUGGACCUUAUACAGAAGGAGAGAAGUUACCAUCUAUACCAGUACAGACUAUAUCUACAGAUCAAGCUGAUUGGUUAUUUAAUAAUAAUAUUGUAUGUUCCAAUUUAUGGCAGAGAAAAACAUCUUUAAACUGUCCAACAAGUGAUAAUACUGUAGAGUUAUCUACCUUUAACAUCAAGAAAAAUAAAGAUAUAACUAAUAUUAUAGCUACUAUUAAUGGUGAAAAAGAACAAGAUCGUUAUGUGGUGGUUGGAGCACCAAGAUCAGCUUUCCCUACAGAUGGUAAUGAUGUUAUAUCAAAUACAGCUUUCAUAGUACAACUAGCUAGAAGCUUAACUCGUGUUCAACAGUUACAGAAUUGGAAACCAAGAAGAAGUAUAAAGAUUGUAUCUUGGGGUGGUGCUGAAUUCUCCAAUACUGGUCUUGAUUCAUAUGUUCAGACUCAAAAAGAAAUAUUAAAGAGAAGAGCUAUAGCAUAUUUAGAUAUAAAUCAGUUGGUAUUAGGAGAUGAGUCUAUUAUGGCUACCCUAUCACCAGCAUAUCAAACUUUACUCAGUAUAGUUACUACCAAGGUACCAGAUCCUAAAUAUCCUGAAGCAACAAUACAUGAUAAACUAAUGGCUACUGUAGGUGAUUUAACUAUUGGACAGAAAGUACCAUUUAUUAAUUAUAAUAAAGUACCAAUAGACAAUAUCUUCUUACAUCAACUUGGUGUACCAUCUGUACAUUUACAAUAUGUUGGACAAAAUCAGACUUAUGUACCAUUAUCUACCAUGGUGACAGAAGAAAAACAACAUCAUUAUAAAUAUCAUGCAGCUGUUGGUAGAGUUAUGGUUCUUGUUUUAUUACGUCUGGUUGAUGAAGAAUUAAUACCCUAUUCUAUAGAAGAUUAUUGUCAUGAUCUACAUGUAAAUCUCUGGACAGCCUCUGAACAAUUAGCAGAUUGUUCUCGUAAUAAAAUAGAUCUCAGUGAUGCUAUAUCAACAGUAGAUGAUGUGUUAGAAACUAGUAAAACAUUAGAGAAAUAUAUACAGACAUAUUUAACAGUUGAUAAUGUAUACUCUAUAAGAUCUAUUAAUGAUAUCAAAAUGUUAUUAGACAAGUUCUUCCUAUAUACAUCAAAUGGGACCACAUCAAAUAUACUCUACCCGUUUGAUAGUAAUGGUGUUAUUAGUCAUAUUGAUGAACUGUGUCAAAUAGGAAAAACAACUAAAGAUUGGACACAGUCUAAAAUAUAUCAAAAACAGUUAGAAAACAGUCUGAAUGGAAUAUAUUAUAGUUUACGUUCUAGUGGUUAA